GGCCAGUUUGCCCUUCUACAACGAUGACGACGCCCGAGGUCUUGAAGCCGGCCUGCGUCGUGCUCACGCCGGGCAUCAAGGCCACCAAGCACGUUGUCUUUGGUAGCCAAAAGCUAGGCCCCGUGCCGACGGCCGUCCUCGAUGCGCUCACGACGACGCGUGCCAAGCUCCUCUGCGAAUGCAAGGACUUUGCCAAGCCGGCGCAGUACCAAUGGGAGAAAGAAAAGGCGCAGUUCCAGCUCGAUGCGUACAUGGAGAACGCGAGUCAAUACUUGUCCCUUCUGCAAGGCUUUCUCAACGCGGCGAGAGCCCCCGCGGCGACACCUAGCGACGACAACGACGAGGCGGCUGCGAGCAAGCCUGUCGUAGCUGAGAAGCCGGCGCCGGCCGUGUCCUUUGCCUUUUGUGAGUGGCUUGAUGUCACAGCCAAGUCGUCCGUGCAUUCGCUGAACGCGUACCACGAGUACGCACAUACCUUGUACGCUGUCGGCACUGUCUUGCUCCAGCGCGCGUCGGACCUCACCACAGCGAUGCUAGCGUCGAGAGACUUCGAAUUUGACGAGCCCAAGCUCAAGGAAGCGUACCAGAUUCUUCUGCGCACGUCGGGGCUCUUUGACGCAGCGCUGGGAUUCCUCGGCCAGAGCAGGCAGACGACAGCAUCGACGGGUGCGGACGAUGCAGCCAUGGCUGCAUGGCGCGCCGAGCAAGCGCAGGCCGACAACGCCGCUACGUAUGCCCCGGAACUGAGCCGCAUCAAAGAUUUCGAAGGCGGCUCUGGCUUAUCGGCGCUUCGGGCGAUCGCCCUUGCCCAAGCCCAAGAGCUCGUCGUGCUCCGGGGUGUGACGCGAGAGACCGUCGACUGGGUUCUCAUGGGCAAGCUAUGCGUCGACAUUGCGUCUCGCUACAAAGACACGCUCGCGAGCCUUCCGCCGAGCCAAGUCAAGCUACGCGGCUGGUGCGACUUCAAGACCAUCUACUACACGGCGCUUGGCUUGUACUAUCAGGGUGUGGCCGAGUGGAACAAGAAGGACGCGCCGGGCUGUGUCCAAGCGAUUGCGCAGUUCCAACAGGCCAAAGAGCAGCUUGCGCGCCUCUCAACGUUCGCCGCCGAGACACAGCGGACGCGUGACAUAAUUCAGCGAGAUCUCGACAUUGCCGCCGCACGCAACAGCUCGGUCUACUUUGAGACGAUCCCCGCGCCAUUGCCCGCCCUCCCUCCGACGGGCCUCGUGCAACCGCAAGCCUUUGUGAACCCGCCCGCCCAUGCCUUGUGGAAGGAGCCACUGCCGCCGGCCAACGCCACGUCGGCGGCUGCCCCCACGCGGGGUUCGCCCGACAUGCCGCACCCCGACCCGGGUUGUGCGUGUGCCAUCAUGUAACUGAUUGUGUCACAUGUAUCAAUGUAUCAGUUGAUGG